AUGGCUUCACAGAUCGGUGCUAUUCUAUCCGUCAAUGCCAUCAUUGGUAAAAUUUUCACGCAACCUAAGGGAAGUUUGGCGGAACGAUUGAGCUCAACGAUAACUGUGUGCAUUCUCGCAAUAAGUUCAGCCAUACUUUUGAGCACUCAUGUCCUAGGUGAGCCUAUCACUUGUUGGACACCAGCACAAUUUACAAAGACAUGGGUGGAUUUUGUGAAUCAAUACUGUUAUGUUCAUGGAACUUAUUUUGUACCAUUAGAAGAGGGCCUUGACUAUAGUCCCUUGGAGCGUAGAAAAUUCCCAAUUAAUUAUUACCAAUGGGUGCCUUACAUAUUAGCUGCUCAAGCACUUUUGUACUAUUUGCCUCGAUUCAUAUGGCGCUGCUUUUGUUCAUUCUCAGGAUACGAUCUUAUUGAAGCAAUACAUCAGGUCGAAAACAACUGGCAAGAUUUAAAAAGGAAUGAGGAAAAAUUCAAAGCUCGAUUGGCGACUUUUGAGAAGCAAAGCGCAAUUUUUAUAUGGGAUGGGAUACUUUUAGCAAGAAAAAAACGAUUACACUAUUUGCCAUUUUAUUAUUUUUUGUACAUCUUUCUACAAGCCUGCAAUUCAUGGGUUCAAUUUAUUUGGCUAAACGCAUCGAUACAGUCUGCUACAUAUACACUGUGGGGUCCAUCCAUUAUAAGCGAUCUUUUCCAUGGUGUCGAUUGGCAGGUUUCGGGACAUUUCCCUCGAAUUACUCAUUGCGAUUUCUCGAGAAGACGACCUGCAUCCGUACAGCUGGAUACUGUAUUGUGCGUUCUCACUCUGAAUAUCUACUAUGAGAAACUGUUAUUAUUCCUGUGGUUUUGGAUGUUGAUUAUUGCUAUCGUUACUACAGUAAGCUGCAUUUCAUGGGCGAUAUCAUUUGCUCUAACCGGUUCCACCAAAAGUUAUCGAUUUUAUACUUUAAAAAAUUUUAUUUUCUUAAUAACAAGAUUAAGAGCAAGAUUAAAAGGGAGGAAAAACACUACUAUGGUUACUUAUGGUUACUUAGUUAUACCAGCUGCAUACCCGAUGACUGGCAGAAAUACAUAUUUAUAG